AUGGGUAACUUUAAGAAAGAAAAAUCCAGAAGAACCCGUGAGGGAAAGACUAAAGAUGGUAAUCUAAGAGUAAAAGGUGAAAAUUUCUACAGAGAUGGUAAGAGAGUUCAGUUCUUAAACAUGUACACCAAAGGUGGUGCUGUCAAGAAUAAGAACGGUGACUUGAUCAGAGCUGCUCCUUUACAAGAUGCUACUAUUCCAACAGCCAGAGUUCAACCUGAUCGUCGUUGGUUUGGUAAUACCAGAGUCAUCUCUCAAGAUGCCCUUGAACAUUUUAGAGGUGCUAUGGGUGAAACUCAAAAGGACACUUAUCAAGUUUUAUUAAGAAGAAACAAAUUACCAAUGUCUUUGCUAGAAGAAAAAGAUACAACAGAAUCCCCUAGAGCAAACAUCUUAGAAACUGAAUCUUAUAAUCAUACUUUUGGCCCAAAGUCUCAAAGAAAGAAACCACGUAUUGCUGCAUCAUCUUUAGAAGACUUGGUCAACGAUGCUUCUAAUGAUUCCAAAGUAUUCCAAGAAAAACAAGAACUUAACGCAACUCUAGGUCUAAUGGGUGGUGAAACUGACGAAGAUGGUUGGACUCAAACAGCCAAGGAACAUAUCUUUAGCAAAGGUCAAUCAAAACGUAUUUGGAAUGAGCUUUACAAAGUUAUUGAUUCAUCCGAUGUUGUUAUCCAUGUUUUGGAUGCUAGGGAUCCUUUGGGUACACGUUGUAAAUCUGUCGAAGAGUACAUGAAGAAAGAAACUCCUCACAAGCAUUUAAUAUAUGUCUUGAACAAGUGUGAUUUGGUCCCAACAUGGGUGGCUGCUGCCUGGGUCAAACAUUUAUCAAAGGAACGUCCAACUCUAGCUUUCCAUGCCUCUAUUACCAACUCGUUCGGUAAGGGUUCUUUGAUUCAAUUGCUACGUCAAUUUUCUCAGCUACAUAGUGAUAGAAAACAGAUCUCUGUUGGUUUUAUUGGUUACCCUAACACUGGUAAAUCAUCAAUUAUCAAUACUUUGAGAAAGAAGAAAGUAUGUCAAGUGGCUCCUAUCCCUGGUGAAACGAAGGUCUGGCAAUAUAUUACCUUGAUGAAGAGAAUUUUCCUGAUUGAUUGUCCAGGUAUUGUUCCGCCAUCAGGUAAGGAUACUGAGGAAGAUAUUUUAUUUAGAGGUGUCGUUAGAGUUGAACAUGUUUCCAAUCCUGAACAAUAUAUACCGGGCGUUUUGAAACGUUGUCAAAGAAAACAUUUGGAAAGAACCUAUGAAAUAUCUGGUUGGAAUAACUCUACUGAAUUUAUAAAGAUCUUAGCAAACAAACAAGGUAGAUUAUUAAAAGGUGGUGAACCAGAUGAAUCAGGUGUUUCUAAACAAAUAUUAAACGACUUCAACAGAGGUAAGAUUCCUUGGUUUGUCAGUCCGCCAGAGAAGGCCUCCUUAACCGAAGAGGACAAAACAGAUAAGAAGAGAAAGGCUGAUGAAGUUGAAGAAGAAGUAAAAGAAAAAGAACAAGAAUCUAAAAAAGUCAAGAGUGCUUAA